AUGAGAAGUUUGGCGAACCAAGAACGAGAAGCUAUCGCCAGAAAGUCCAUGAUGAAACUCGCGCCUCAACUACGGAUACAGAAUCACACCAUACCUUCUCGUGAUGGGAGCAUCAUACCAGCACGGAGUUAUCGGCCAGUCGAUGCACCGGAAAAUGCCUUGCUCCCAUUGUAUAUACACUUGCAGGGCGGUGGAUUUAUGUUUGGCACGCUGGAUGCUGAGGAUGCGAUAUGUGCACGUAUAGCCGUCGAGUCGAAUGUGGCUGUUCUGAACAUUGAUUACAGACAUACGCCGGAGUUUACAUAUCCCACGCAAUGGAAUGAUGCAGAAGAUGCCUUUGAGUGGGCUCAUGACAACAUGGAUAUGAUGUUCUGGGACCCGGACAAAGUCAUUAUUGGUGGAAUAUCGGCUGGUGCUUGGUUAUCUGCGUCUUUCGCCUUACAAAAACAUCUCAAUCGUACAACAGAGAAAAGACCUCCCAUCGCAGGCCAAGUUCUCAUGAUACCAUGUCUGGCGCACCUUGAUUGCUAUGAGCCUCAGCUGAGAAAGAUGAAAAGCGAGUCUAUCUCAUCUUACAAGACAAAUGUUGCAGCACCGAUGCUUACUGUUGAGGAACUCCGCUGGUUCACAAAUUUGCUGGAGAUCGAGAACCCGGAUGUUAAUGAUUUAAAGAUCAACCCGGGGAAUGCGUCGCCAGAACAAGUAAAAGGCAUGCCUCCUACUGUUCUUGGUGUAGUAGGCCUGGAUCCUCUUCGAGACGAAGCUCUUCUUUAUGGGAAGAUGUUGGCAGAAGCUGGGUGA